CCUGGUUUAAACUUCUCAUUGAAAAAAUUACACGGUUACUUAGAUAAUAAAUAAAUAAAGUAAUUAGAGUAUAUUUUAAUAAAUUUAUUUGAUGAGUAUAUAACAUAAUGAGAUUGCUGAUGAUGACAGAUAUUAUAGAUGUACUCUGUAUUUUUUUAAUAUUUAAUGAUUUAUUUGUUAUUUAAUAGUCUUAAUUAUUUUCUAAAAUAGAAAUGAAAAGUAGGAAUAUUGCUAUGUAUUGAAAAGUGUACCUUACAAUCUUACAUGCUCUCCUUUCGAUCUGCUCCAAUUCAUAUGAACUCUCAAGGACUGUUUAGGUGCAAACACGAUUUUAAUGUUUUUAAAGUGUUUAUCUACAAUUCAAACGUGGAUUGACCCUUUCCCAGACAAGAAUUAAAACCAACUUAUAUGAGCACCUGUGCCCUAAGUUCAUUUAUUACAAUUCCUGUGGAGUGUGGUUACCUCGAGUUUAAUGACAGAUCAAAUAUGUAAACUUUAAGGAGAUGAUGAUGCCACAUGGGGUAGGCGGGUAGUCCAUAAUUAUUUCAAAGAUAUUUUAGAGCUUGACAUAGAAUUGAUUCACAUUCAAUUAGUUUUUACUCCCUCAGUUAUUGUGAAAAGGUUCGUAAAAUUAAUUUUGUUGUGAAUAGUAAUCAACUUUGAUCAAUAUAUUUUUCAAAAUAAAAUUGUUUUGAAUGUGAAAAUUAUAUUACAUAUGCCUUUAUUCAAAAUAUUUUCAUUAAAGUAUAAAAUUUAUAAAUUAUAUACAAAUAUAAUUAUUAAAAUCAUUGUAUUAAGUUUGCCAUCAUUGACAAAAAAUGUCAAUAUGACAAUUCUUCAAGACAGAGGUAGUAUUUGUUACGCAUAAAAUAUCACAAUUAGGAGGUGUUUGGAUUUUAUUUAUUAAAAUUGUUUCUGCUCCUUCAGAGAGAAGAAACAUAUAGUGAGGUGUUUGAGUGAAAGUGCAAAAGUACUUUUAGAUGCUCCAAAUUGAUCUUAGAGACACUUUUUAGGAGCUGAAGUCUGAAGGAGACCAGUUUCUGAAAAAUUGAUUCUGAUUCUGCUAAUGUUUUUGAAAAAGAAGCAGAGCAGAAUCAAUUUCAGAGACUCUUUCACAUAUGAGUGAACAAAUAAAUCAAUAAAUACAUAGAAAUAAUUAAGCCAAAUUCUUAUAUAUGUAAUAAAACAAUUAAAAUGAUCAUAUAAUUUUGAAUGAAAAAAAUGUGAUUAUUUAGUCAAUUCAUUAUUGGCACUGUGUAACUUUAAUGCCACCCACCCCUGGGAAUUAGCUAGGAUUAAGGCGAUUGAUGAAAAACAAACAACCAUUCUCAUUAGUAUUAAUUGUCUUCUGCUGACUCAGCACCUCCUUUAGCCAUAUGCACAGUUUUGCAUACCACCAAUUGCAGAGAAACCUCAAUCUUUGUUAAUUAUUUGAACUCUGAGAGAUGGAAGAAGCAAUUCCCUACACACGUAGUGAUCAUGUAGAGGAAGAAGACUGCAUAGACAUGGAAGUACUACCCUCAGAUUCCGCCAUUUUCAGCUCUUCCUCUCACCCCGCCAUAGACUUUGAGUUCCAGAUGCUCUCCAUAACCUCUUCUGAAAGGUACACCCCAUCAACUUCUCCUGCAGAUGAGCUCUUCUGCAAAGGAAAACUCCUCCCCCUUCACCUCCCACCCCGUCUACAAAUGCUCCGCAAACUUCUCGAAAACACGAACACCUUUUCUCCUUUCAAUUCUUGCCAUGUUAGCACGGAACCAAUUCGUCCUGACACAGAAGAAGGCAUCAACGAGGAGGCUUCAAAAGGGGGGUCAUUUAGUUCAAAGGUGAAAGCUUCCCGUGCUUAUUUUAAGUCACUGUUUAGCAAAAGUUCAUCUGCUCUAACCGGGAAGAGUUUAGAGAAAGGAGAUAAUGGUUCAGGAUAUGAAGAAAGUGGUCGCAGAAGAAGGUCUUUUUCAGGUGCUUCUAAAAGGUUAUUGUCGCCAACAAAAGUUUCUUCUCAAAGGUUUUCGAUAACCUCAGAUGAUUCAAACGGAUACCCAGAGAAGCCGCUCUUCAGGAGAAGCAGCAGUGGCAGAUAUUCCUGGGAUAGAGAAGAUUCAAUCCAGGAAGCAAUAGAUUAUUGUAAAAGAUCUCAGCAUUGAAGAACAGAUAUAUGACUGCACUGUAGAUAUGCCAGCUAUGCUCCAUAUCAGAAGUUAUUGCUCUUAUAUAUGAAGAAUAAUAAAGACCUGCAAGAACUCUACAAGGUGGGGUGGGGUAUAAAGUAUUCUAAAUCUGUUUCUUUUAUGGAGGAGAGAAACGACUCAAGGAAUUGAAACUUCUUAGAUAAAUG